AUGGCUGACGUCGGCGAGCCCCCUCCCUCGCUCUGCCCGUUAUGCGGCCACCCCGCCUCCUUCUCCGUUUCCCCGCCGACGUCUGUGGCGCCGGCCAACACGUCCCCCGCGAGGCCGCCGCUGAAGCGGAGGACCCCACCCGUACCCGAGGCGCCACCAGCGGUGGUGCGGGUGGAGAUCGGGGACGAGGCCGCGGCGCUGCGCGAGGCGUUGGCGCGGCAGCAAGCCACGCUCAGCGACGUCCAGGCGGAGCUCGACGCGGAGCGCGGGGCCGCGGCCGGCGCUGCCAGCGAGGCCAUGACCAUGAUCCUCCGCCUGCAGCGCGAGAAGGCCGAGGCCAUGAUGGAGGCACGCCAGUUCCGCCGCUACGCCGAGGAGAAGAUGGCCCACGACGCCACCGAGCUCGCGGCCCUCGAGGAGGCGCUCUCCAAGCGCGAGGCCGCCGGGACGCGGGCGUUCCAGGGCCAGACGCCCCGCCAACCCUACGGCGGAGCCGGAGGUUACUACCCGCCUCUGCGGUGCUGCAUCGACCACCCGCCCACCGCGUCCGAGGCAGACGCGCUCGAGACCCCACACGACCAGCUCACCCGCCUCGCCCACCGCGUCCACCUCCUCGAGCGCGGCGCGACCCCGGUGGCCGCCGCCAACACGACGCCCAUCAUCCGCGUCGCACCGGGAUCCACGUUCCCGCGCCACGCACGCGCCUACUCGGACGACAGCCUCGACUUGUACAACGACGGCGACUGUUUCCCGGACGACGAUUGCGGCGCCAGCGACCGGGUAUACACCGUGGACGCCAUUCACGGGGCACCCCUGGCGGUUCCUGAGGGCGGCUCCUACGGCGGCGGUGGCACGCCUAUGGGGAGCGACUGCGGCUACGGCGGUGCUCCGUGGACGGAAGACGAGGAGGUGCGCCGCCUCAGCGCGCGGAUGCAGGCGUUGGAGGCGGACCGUGAGUCCAUGAGGCAGGCCAUCAUCUCCAUGGGGGCCGAGAAGGCGCAGGUCAUGCUGCUCAAGGAGAUCGCACAGAAGCUCUGCAAGGAGGCGGCGCCACCACCGGUUCCAGCGGCGGCAGUGGCGCAGCAGAGCUUCUACAAAGGGGGCAACACGCAGCCGGCCAUGACCGUCACUGUGCGACCACCACGGCACCCGCCGGUGCUUAUGCAAAGGAAGGUGGUGAAGAGGCAGCCAUCACUCUUUGCUGCAGUGGUCGAGUGGGUUACAUCAAUCAUGUGGUGGCGAAGGAAAUCAUCCCGCGUCAAGUACCCGAUUGGGCAGUGCGGCAACAAUGUGGGGCUGCUGCUGCUGCUCGACAAGGCUCCCAGGGCAUCAGGCCACGGGCAUCAGAGGCCUCCCAAGAGGAUCUAA